AGAAGAGAGUUUGGCAAAAAUAAAUAAAAAUGGGCAAAAACAAGCAUUCAAGAUCCUUAAAAAAAUCAAAAUCUAAGAAAAAUUUGCAUCAGGGAGAAGUGGAACGGAUACCCAUUCCUUCAUACUGUGGAAGUAAUGCGAAAGUGGAGGUUGAAAGCUAUCUAAAGCAUCCGAAAAUCAAAAUAAAACUACAACAAAAACAAUUGCGGCAAGUCCCGGCAUGUUAUGAGACGGCUACUGAUGUCCUAGCUGCAAAUUCUGGAAUAGUAGGAAGUUGUAGUUCCAUCGAGGUUGUUGACUCCACAAACCCUUUUUCGAAUAACAAUGGAUUUGAAUUUGCCAACGACUGCGUCUCGGAUUCUUUGUGUGGCACAAAGGCAGAAAAACAUAAAAAAGAAAUAAACAAAGAAAACAUGAUGGAAAAUCCUCAAACUCCUGGCUACAACCAAAGAAAAUUUGAUAUUUGCCAUGACCUAUUGGAAAGUCUAAGUCAGGAGUUCACGUGUCUUAAAAAUGCUUUCAAUGAAAUAAUUAAGAAUGAACAAAUGAAGUUGCUCAAAAACGAGGAGGAACUAGAACAAUUGAAUAAAUACUCGGCCGAGUUAAAGACGGAAGAAACUGUGCUGAAACGUGGUACCUGGUGCAUAAGAUGCGAAAGACCCGCAAUAUAUCUAAACGUCAGAGGGAAGAGAUUUUGUUCGGAAGAAUGCGAGGGCUUGUAUGAUUCGCCCAAUAAUUAUAUGCCAGAUUCUCAACCUCUAUACAAAAAGUUUGUGUAACAUAACAAAAUUCCCCGCCUCCUCUAUCAAAUAUUCCAUCGUAGCACAUAACAUCCUUUUAAUAUUGAUUAAUUUAAAAUUUUCCUACUUUUAGUUGUAUAUAGGUAAUUAAGUUAUCUCUUUGUUUUUUUAAUUUAAAACAUCUAGUCGGUGUGUAUUUGGAAAUUUUCUUCUUUAGUUAAAAAUCUAGCAUUUAGUUAGAAAAUUUUGCGUUAUCGGAAAAAUCGUUUAAGUAACUCGAUAAGUCAUAGUUUUACCAAAAUUUAACAGUACUUCUGGUUCUAAGCCUUGAUCUCAUUUGUAAUACUGGAAUAUAUUAAAAAGUAUGUGCGUUGUACAAUAUAUUAAGUUAAAAAGGGGCACGAACUCUUAAAUUUAAAUUUUUAAUGAAUUAACAAAAAAACAACUUUGUGUUAAAAUACGUAGUAUGAAUAAAGAAAACAAAAUGUGA